CCUCAAAAUUCCAAAUCUACCAUCCCAAACCCUGAACCACACAAUCCGCGCUGCAAUGCUCCGCCGCCGUCGCGCCCCGCUCCUCCUCGCCGCCGCCGCGGCGGGUGUCGCGCUGGCGACCGCCUCCCCGUCCGGCGACAACGGCCGAAGCGUUGCCUCCACGCUCCGGCACGGCGUCGCCCGCUCCUCCCGUGCCGUCUGCACGAUUGGGUUCGUGGUGGCGGAUUACAAGUUCUCCCUCAGGGGUCUGGAUUCUGGGUCGCCGGAUUACCGGGUUAAGCUCUCUGAGGUUCAUCUGCGUUCAGCGAAAAAGCUACUUAAACUAUGUGAAUUGAAUGGAGGGUUUUAUGUAAAAGCUGGUCAAUAUGUUUCAUCACUAAGACAAGUACCAAAGGAGUACUCGUCAACUCUCUCCUGCCUGCAAGAUCAGGCAACUCCAUCCAAGUUUCAAGAUAUAAAAAUUGUUAUAGAGCAGAAUUUUGGCAAGAAAUUGCAUGAAAUAUUCCUGGAAUUUGACGAACAUCCGAUUGCUGCUGCAUCAAUUGCUCAGGUCCAUCGAGGUCGAUUGCAUGACAAUCAAGAUGUAGCUGUCAAGGUUCAGUAUCCAGGAUUGGAGCAGCGAAUGAAGAUAGACAUCAUGACAAUGUCUUUCUUGUCAAAAUCAGUCUCUUGGAUUUUUCCUGAUUAUAAAUUCAAAAGAUUACUAGCUGAAUUCGAGAAAUCCAUGUCAAUGGAGCUUGAUUUUACUCUAGAGGCUAAGAAUUCCGAGAGAACAGCCAACUGCUUCCGAAAAAAUAGUGUCAUUAAAGUGCCUUAUGUGUUCUGGCAACUGACAACUAGAGAGGUUUUGACGAUGGAAUUUUGUUAUGGGCACAAGGUUAAUGACUUGGACUUCCUAAGGAGAGAAAAUAUUAGUCCAACAAAGGUAGCUAAGGCUUUAAUUGAACUGUUUGGUGAAAUGGUAUUUGUACAUGGUUUUGUCCAUGGUGAUCCACAUCCAGGAAAUAUAUUAGUUUCUCCUCAAGGCCAUGGAAAUUUUUCACUAGUUCUGUUGGAUCAUGGAAUUUAUAGAGAAUUGGACCAAAAGUUCAGACUGGACUAUUGUCAGCUGUGGAAAGCCUUGAUACUGUUGGAUACAAAAAAAAUUCUGGAGUUAGGUGAACAGUUUGGUGUUGGCAAAUAUGCAAAGUAUUUUCCUGUAAUAUUCACAGGCAGAACUCUAGAAAGCAAAUCAGCUCUUGGCACACAAAUGUCUAGUGAAGAGCAGAGGCGUUUAAAGGAGGACUUGAGCUCUCUGGGAAUGGAUGAUAUAUCUUCAUUUAUGGAAGCGUUACCACGGGACUUUUAUGUCAUACUGCGAACAGAUGGAUUACUGAGGUCCAUUUUGGGGAAUCUAGGGGCGCCACGCCAUGUUCGGCUUCUCACUUAUGCAAAAUGUGCUAUACAUGGCCUCGAGAAACAGCCCAAACUGGAGUCUGGUACAAUCAACCGGAUGUUCUUGCAAGUCAAAACAAAUAUCAGCUAUCUCCAUCUGAGGGUACUUAUUGAAAUAGCAGGAUUGUUAGCAAAAGUAAAUGAUGCCAAGCAUAAGGCCAUAAACAAACUCAGAAGACUGUUCCAGGAGAUCAGUCGAGGUAUUCAUCUCCUUACAUAAUGCCAUGAAGUGUGUCAAGGAUGGAGGAGGAAGUAUGCAGGAGUCAAAUCAUAACUGCGAUUGCUGGAUCGUUUAUCUAGUGCAAAUCAUACAUCUGUUGUAACGUCAAGGCAGUGUUGUGACAAUAUGGUUGGAGGUGCAAAUCAUACAUCUUUUAGGUUGUACCAUGCACAGCUCACUCUCGGAAGUGUGUGAGGGGCAGCAAGAAAUCAAGUUUGGUAUUAUCAUCAAACGCUGCUGUAAGAACCAAACUGUCACAACAGAUGGCACACAUUAUGUUCGUUCUGUUUAGGUGCACCGGGUGAAGAUGUUUUUACCCUAAUGAAUGUAUCUGAAAACUGCACAAACGAGAUUAUAAUAGCCUUCGAGUCUUUUGAA